GGACGAACUUCUGAAAGAGAAAUGGUCAUGAGGUGGAAGAAAUAUGAAAGAGACAUUGGCACAAACAAAGUAGUCUUCCCUUGGGGGUAGAGGCUGAUGCUUUUAUCAGUUUGGUGGGGAAGCAAAUGGAGGGAUGAACCUCACAUGCCAUCUGUGGGCCUAUAUAUUAUUGGCAACAGAGUAAACAACAAAGUAAUUGGAUCCGCCUACAUUAACUCUCAUACGUCAGGUACACUAACUUCUCAAUGUGUGCUUGAGUGGAGGGUUAUUGUGGAAAUAAGAGAAUGAGAUGAUAAAGAGUGAAAGAAAAAGGGAAAUGUGGAAGCAAAGUGAGAUGCUCACUGUGAUGUUCAUCUGGAUCGCAGAGUGUCCCAUCUUUUAUCCGCUGUUGACCUCUCAGUUUUUUCUGGGCCAAGUUUUGUGGCCUAUCAGUUUUUCCAACUUUUUCGUAGUCUCAUUGGUGCAGUGCAGGCUUAUUUCUGCUCAGUAUGGCUGCCCAUCGGGUUUAAGAGAACGUCUCCAACGGAGUAUAGUCACUUUCACAGAGUGCAGUCCCUGGACUCUGUGUAGACACUGUAGAGGCAACUGAUGCUUAAAAUGGGGGAAUGUUCUUGCUCUAGUGGAACUGUAUUUCCUUAUUUAGUAGUCGAUGUAAACGUCGACCAAUUUUUUUGGGUAAGAACAGCCGCCCAUUGUUUGUUAUUGCUAUGAUGCAUCCGGUUGUAGAGAAACCUCUGCGAUGUCAUGCUAACUCGAAACGCUGCGAUUGUUGCAUCCAUUCGCUGAUUCCAAAGAAGAUACGUUUGAGUCUGUGCAGUGUGCUGGUUCUUGCAGUGAUGACGUCUGGAGGAAGUCGGUGUCUGGUGGCGUGGAACGUCGGUCGCUGACUCGCUAUCGCCCGGCUAUGCAGAGGGAGAAUGAUAUACCAGGUAAGACUGUCUGGUAAAGAAAACAGUAAAGCAGAUGGGGGGAGAAAAAGUUCUUCUUGAGCGCUUCAACUGAGAGCAUUGUUUAUGCGUGCGACUGGGCCUGGGGAAUAGACAUUUGACUAGUCUGUCAGAGUGAUUGUCAUAGAUUGUAAGAGGAAGGAAUCGUCUGUGCUGCCCUAAGGGACAUCUGUGGAAGGAACAAAAAAGAAUCAUGUGCAGGGGCACGACAGACAUCUGUGGUGCCAGGACGGACAUCGUGGAGACCAGUAAGAAUACUGAAGGGACAGGAUGGACAUCUGUGAUGCCCGUCACCGUAAGGCCUGAACCGACAGCGUGGGACAAGAACAGUGAUCUGUAGGAUUGUCACAAACGGACUGAUACUCGAUUGGCCAGGAGACACAUCUAUAGUGUGGGAAUGCACAUCUGUUGUGUACAGACGGGCAUCUGCAGAACCAGGACAGAUGCCCUUGGAUCAGAAGAGAAGGAUUUGUCUCAGGAACAAGGACGGACAUCUGUGGGCCCCAGAUGGACAUCUCCUGAAACUGCAAUGGUGGGAUGCUCUAUGGGGCCAGGACGGACAUCUGGGGAACCCCAGGGUAGACACUGUCGGAUAACGACGGACAUUUGUGGUAACAGAACGGGGGCCCAGGAAACCGACAGGAACACAAGGAAUCGCCUCUGGGCCCAGGAUGGACAUCUGCUGAAACUGUAAGUGUACUUUGGGACCAGGAAGGACAUCUUUGGGACCAGGACAUACAUCCGUGGAGGCGUGAUGGAGGUCUGUGAGACCAGGGCGGACAUCCUGAGGACCAGGAACGAUAUCCUUGGGACCAGGACAUAGAUCGGUGGAACGGAGAUGGAUGUCUGUGAGAUGAGGACGGACAUCUUUGGGACCAGUAAGUAAACGGUGGGAUGAGGUGAGGACAGACAUCCUUGGGACCAGGACAUGCAUCUGUGGGGCUGAGACGGACAUCUGUGGGACCAGGAUGGCCAUCUUUGGGACCAGGGCAUGCGUCUGUGUGGAUGGGACGGAUGUCUGUGGGACCAGGAGGGACAUAUUUGGGCCCAGUGUGGAUAGCGCGGGCCAUGGACUGACAUUUCUUGAGACCACGACAGACAUCUUUGGGACCAGUACAUGCAUCUGUGGGGCCGAGACAAAUGUCUCUGACACUGCUGGAGGACAUUUUUGCGACCAGUGGGGAUACUGUGGGACUGGGACAGACAUCUUUGGGACCAGGACAGGCAUUUCUUCGGAUCUGGCUUGACAACCUACGUGUAAUUUUGUACCAUUUUGCUCAGACUGUAAAAAGGUUGAACCGAAUCGGCUUAAUAUGUGUAUGGAGGAUGGAGAGUGCAAAGAAGUGUGACAAGUUCUUUUUUCUGGGGGGGAAUCACGGAACCAAUCGAGAAGAGACAUCUGACUAUUAUUGUCUAAUCAUAAACAAGAAGGGGGAGGCAAGUUAAUCACUCAGGAGUGAGGACUUUUUGAGUCUUUUUCCUUGUUUUUCCUUUUCUUUUCCUUGUGAAUUACUGCGGAAUCGUGAGGAUAUGUGCGACUUUGGGAAGGAACGUGAAGUGGAUCACAACACAUCAUGAAAGUGCUUUUUGCAGCUGCCAUGGGGUAAGCAUACCUUAGGCAGGGAGGGAAAGACAAUCGCAUGAUGAUGAUGAUGAUGAUGAUCAUCGUCAUCAUCAUAUACCAUGCUGUCCUGUGCAAUAGGACAGGCAGCCAAUCAGUCAUGCCUGCAGGGCUUGCAUGGAACACAAGCCCUGACUUGAAUGCGACGUAUUGUAUUAGUACCAUGGACAUAAAAUUCCUUUUGAGCCGAGUCUUCUGUUCUCUUCUCUAACUCGGCCAUUUCUAUUCUCUUGAAGCCUCUUCUUCUUCACGUCGUUUUCUCCUCUCUACCCUCUGUUCUCUCUUUUCUUUUUCGGAAAAAACAACAAAACAGGUCCUUAUGGACCCGGCUACAUAUUCAUUCCUGGUUGCCUGAGUGGAUGAGGCAGGUAGUCGAUGCUGGACCAUUCUGCUGGAUGCAGUUUUUUUUUUUCCCACGACGUGUCUUCCAUGAGAGUAAACCCUCAAAUGAUGU